AUGGAUAUUGGUGCACAUUGCUCUGUACCGGCUUGUCACCAGCAGGAUUUCUUACCAUUUACAUGUGAUUGCUGCAAUGGUGUCUUUUGUCUUGAACAUCGUAGCUAUAACUCCCAUGAGUGUCCCAGGGCUGGUAGUCAUGACCAGCGUGUAGUUCAAUGCCCAGUGUGCAAGCAAUUGAUUCACUGGACUGCAGAACAAGAUGUUAAUAUUGUAUGGGAAGAACACGUUCGUAUUGGUCAGUGUACUCGUGAGAAGUUUAAACAGCAGCAACUGAAGCAACAGCAGAAGAAACCCAAGAAGAAACGUUGUCUUGCUGAAGGCUGUCGAGAAGUUUUGCUCACGUCAAAUCAAUUUCAUUGUAGAAAAUGUAGUCAAGACGUGUGUUUAAAGCACCGAUUUGAGGCUGAUCAUGGUUGUGAGAGCACACAAAAGGCUCAUAAACAGCAGUGGCUUGGAGAUAUCACGUCCAGGAAAUCAAGCGGCUCUCUUGCAAAGCAAUCGUCUCCAUUUCCCAAGAAUGCACAAAAGGCUGCUGCUUCCAUUGUAAAUGGGACCAAGUCGGCUGUAUUAUCCUUGGUACAGAAUACCAAGGCUGUAAAAUGCGCAAUGACGACAAACUCUGAAACGUGUCCCAUGUGUCACAAGCAGUUCAACUACGAAACUGCUUCAGCUUCUGCUGUUUCAUCUCAUGCUACGGUGCCGACGACUGCAUCUACUGUAGUGUCUCCUGAUAGCGAAAUGUGUCCACAAUGCCGUGCUGUGUUUCCAACUUUGUCUGCACUUAUUAAACAUGCUGAGACUGCACAUACAGGCAGUGUCGCUGCUAGUGGCGACCAGGAGAAGUGCACCAUGAUGUAG